AUGGCUCAAGGAGGGUCUGUAGCAGGACCUUCGUACGGUGUUCUGGCGGUCAAGUCAAACUAUGGCUGCAUCAAGGAAGGAAGCCACUCCCAUCACGGCCUCAAUUAUCCAGACUCGUUUCUCGCCGACACGUUUUCGAAACAAAGGGCCCAUAUGAUCGACGAACGGAAUCGCAGAAACCGGCUGUCGCGAGCCAUUCAAACCCUCCAAGGUUUAAUGCCGCAGAUGGACGCGGUCGGGAAGCAGAAGAAGGGCCCGUGUAAAGCGAUUACGGUCGAACGGGCAAUCGAUUACAUUAUUGCACUUCAGCGGGAGGUGGAGCGACUCCGCAAAGCGUCCUCAGCUACUACUCAAGACGCCGGAGUUCUCUUCGACCUAGAUUCAACGUCGAAUAAUGCGGCUAAAUGUUGA